AUGACAAAGACAAACAAAACAGAUAUGGAGGCUAAGAAAGCAACAGCUGCAAAGAGGGAAACUGCACUUAGGGGAAAGCCCCUAGAACCAUCUGAGCCAAGUCAACGAGAAGUAGAGAGAACAUCUAGGCAACAAGUUCUGGCUGGGAAGAAGGCAAAAAAAAAGAAGAGAGAGGGUAAAGCUGUGGCAUCUUCUGCUAGAGAUGAAGGAGGAGAAGAGCCAGCUCCUUCAAAGAAAGCCAAAAUGUCUAAAGGAAAGGGGAUUGCUCUUGAUAGGGACAAGAGCAAGACACCAACAGAUGAUGAGCUCUAUCAUCAAUUGUUUAAUGGUGUUUUGUGGGUUCCAACGCUCUUCGCUGACACCAAGAUGAUGGAAGAGCUAGGAAUCGAAGGAGAUAUUAGGACAACGCUUCAACACAUGAAGAUGGAGAGCUUCUAUUCCAUGGCCUAUCCUACUUAUAAGGAAGUUUCAUGUCAGUUCCUUGCAAUUCUUGAAGCUACUUUCCAUGAAGUUGAGCAUGUGAGACAAGGGUGGGGCAAAAUCAAGUUUAAAGUCAAUGGAAAGACUCAUUACAUGAGCUUCAAAGACAUAGGAGCAAUGAUGGGGCUUGAAGACAAUGAGGACCCAACUCUCCCAAGAUUCAACAAACUCCCUAAUGGUGUUUGGAGAAUAAUAAGUGGAAAUCCGCAUGCCACUGGUCAUGACAAGAACUCGACCAUUAGACAUCCAGCAGUGCGCUAUCUUCACAGGAUACUCGUCCGCACACUCUACCCUCGAAAGGAGCCGGGGACAGUCAAUGAAGAAGAGUUGAGGUUACUCUACCGAGCUGUUGGAGAUAAUGUCACACCUGAACAACUAGAGGAGUUUGAGGAGAUUGAUGAGAUGAUGUUUCCCACAACUAACAUUUUUGAAGACUUCGGAAUGGUUGGUCUCUUUGUGGAGUGCCUCAUGUACUACAAGGAUUGGGUUUGGACUACAAGUGAUUCAUCUCCUCGGCUUGGAAUUGGUGGUUUGAUAACUCCACUGCUGAUAGCUCAAGGUGUGAACUUGGGGAAUGAUUUCAAAGGACCAUCAUUCAUUGAUGCUCCUUAUUUGAGGAUUGCUACUUACAUUAGUGGGAUGUACCAUGAGAAAGUUAUCUACACAUACUUCCUCAAGGGAAAGAUGGCUGAAUUGCUGCUUCCAAAUAGAGAGCUCACAUGCAUAGAGAAGCCGGGGAUCAUCCACUUCAACAUAGCUGAAUCAGAAUUCUUUGGAUCACAUGGCCCCAUUGAUCCUGUGACUGCUCCUAGAAGAAAUAAGGGUGGAGUAAGAGGUGGAGUAAGAGCAGAACCAAGUGCUGCUACACAAAGGGAAACUGCUACCCCCAUCUAUGGCCCUCCUCGCUACGACUUUACUCAGCGCUCGACAGCUCUACCCCACGGCCCUCUCUGUGAAGCUCAUGAGCACAUUGGUAAUCUUCAAAGAUGGAACAAGGCUCAGGACAAGACAAUCUUCAAGCUAAAGACCAAGUACAAGGAGCUUAAAAAGACAGUGAAGAGGCAAGCUGAAGCUUCAGUUCAAUUCAUGAAGAAAGUGGCUGAUCUUUUGGUUAGAGGAGGAGUAGGAGGAUGUAGUCACUACAAAAAAGUCCACAUUGAUAUCACAUUGUUAUAGCACGUUUUACUGAACUGUUAUCGUAGAUGCAUUUGAAAUUUCCGUACUUUUUAAUAGCAUUAGAUACAAGCUAUGGUAGAGUUUCAGUAAGCGGGAACCUAAAAUUAGAUUUUUCGCUAAACACUUUCAUUUUUCCCUCUCCAACUUUAUAUCAAAACACAGUUUUAUCUGUCUUAUUUUCAUUGGUUAAUAUAUUUUGGUGAGGAUAACAAACUUUUAAUCUCUACCAUUCAUAAAAUCUUAUCCAACGGUGAGGAUAUUAACAACUUCUCUCUCAAUCUCAAUCUCUCCAAUCUCUAGCUCUCUCAGAUCGCCAUCUCUACCUCUCCAAUCUCUAUCUCUCUCGAUCGCCAUCUCUCCUCUAUCUCCCUCAAUCUCAGUCUCACCACUACCACCACCACCACCGAGAGAGGAAGAAGAAGAAGCAGGGUGGUGGUGAUUCGUGGAACGUGACGGCGAUUCACAACGGUCUCAGUCGUCGCCCAUCUCCGCUUCGUCUCCGUCGGUCACCUCGUCUCCGUCAGUUUCUCAUCUCUGUGAAGGUGAUAGAGUAAAGGUCUGAGCUUCCUGAGCCUUCUCUUGGUAUCAACGCUGGUGAUAGUAUGCAGAGGAAAGAUUGACUCUCUCUUGUUCAUGUCCAUAGUGAUGGUCUCUGUUUCUUUCUUUUGACCGUGCUGUAAUUUCUUUCUAGGUUGGCUGUUUUGAUUGCGUUUUUGGCUGCUUUGUUUGUAUUGUCACAUAUAUACCUGGGUACCUUGGUUUCUAAAGCUCAUGACACGCAUUUCUUCUCAGUGAUUAAAAGCUCGGUCUAAGUCUUGAGUUGGGUUCCUCUGCGGCAGGAGUGAUGAUCUCAACAACUGAUCUUGCCCAGCAUAAUCUUAGAAUUGAGAAGAGAUAGAGUUCGGAGAUGGCAGAGAAAGGUGAACACUGGACGUUCGAAGAAGAUGAGACGUCGUUCGGAGAUGGCAAGAGGAAGAAGAGUUUGCUUUGUUGCAGAAGAAGAGUUUAGUUCUGGUUUAGUUUUUUUUUUCUGGUUUUACUUUGAUUUUCUUAGUUCUGGUUAGUUUUAUAAACUGGAAUUUAUGUGUAAACCAAAUUUAGUUUAUAAAUAAAAUUUAUUUUUAUUUUUAAUUACUAUUUUUUUAAUAAAUAAAAUAUAAUAGCUAUUGCAUAAUGGCUUAUCAUAGCACAAAAUAUGAAUCGUAAUCAAUUUGUAACAAAAAAAUCGUGUUAUAGUUACGUUAAUAACUGCAUUCAUUUAUUGCUAUCGUAUCUGCACAUUACGAGCAUCAACAAAAAAUGCUAUCGUAGAGGGGAUACCUAUGAGGGCUGCCGAUGACAUAGCAUUAGCGAUUUCGCUAUGAAAACCCUACGAUAGCGUUUAUCGUGAGCUAACAAUGUCCAUAUUUCUUGUAGUGAGUUCUGAAGACUUUGUCACUAGAGACACCUCAGUUCCUCAACUCCAACCCUUUCACCCUGUCACAAACCCUUCUUUGGCCCUUGGACCUCCCCUAACUGCCUGUCAGCUCUUGCGUCUGGCACGAAACCCCGAAGCUCCUGCAUCCAACUCCGGGAAUAAGUCUCCUUCCCUUUCCUCAACCGAUGAUGAAACCGACAAUGAGGAGGUUGCCAGCGAGCCUCAAGCAUACUUCACUACCUUCCCCGAUGACACCGGAGACGAGGCCACAGCCUUUUUCCCGGACGCUUAGACAUGUACUCCAUCACCUCACCAUUGUAUAUACCAGUUUAGUUUUCAUUUAACUUUCUUUUCACUAUAUCUUCCUCUCUUGGACACACAGAGACUGUGUGAUUCAAGUGUGGGGGAGGUACCAAGUAUUUAAUCAUCUUAAAGUGUUUUAUGGCAUGCAUUGUAGAUACAUAUUUGCAUAGAAAAUCCAAAAAAAAAUUUGAAAAUUAAAAAAAAAAUAAAAAAAAACAACAAAAAGAAGCAUGUAGUUGCAUUUUUAAGAUUGAGUCUAGAGCAUACAUCUAUUUGCAUAGAAAAUCCAAAAAAAUUAGAUGUCUAGGAUCAUAUAGAUUGCAUUCAUUUGCAUAGGGAACUAGGAUUGAAAUACCUUGUAAAGGACACAUGUCUAGAACACAAUCUAACAUCCUAGCCAAACAUAUCAAGUAGCUUAAGCAUCUCUUGAAAAAGCUUGUAAGCUUUGAGCCUUAAAAACUCUUUUUGAAACUUGUUGCUUGUUUGAUGAUUGACAUUGUUCUUGAAACCAACUACAAAUGAACUAAGGCUUAAUGAACUUAAUCUCUCUUGCAUAUGAGCAUUUGCAUACUUGAUCAUGGAUAUUAUACACAUUUGGGUUAUAUUUCUCAUUUGUACCAAUCUUUGUUAACCCAAUUGGCACUCCAUACCCAUUAACCCUCACCAUUCUUUGAAGCCAACAUUAAUUUGCUUGAUUGAGGCUUUUUAUUGAUAGCAUGUCAUGUGCAAAAUCUUGAGAGUAUUAGGAGCGACAAUGGGGUUGUUCUCAUUUUUGGCUAGCAUUAGGACCUCAUUUGAGUUAGCCUCUAGGACGGUUGUUGGGGUUUGUGAGCUUAAAUUCUUUUGAUCUUGGGAAUGAGAGAGAUUGAGGGAAAGAAAUGAACCAAAAAGAGUGUUUAAAGUAAGAAACCCCUAGGGACAAAGAAAGUUAGAAAUGAAAAGCUCUAGAUUAUCAAUAAGAACACCCUCCUAAAAAAAAAAAAAAAAAUUAAAGAAACAAUAAGUGAGUGGGGAAAAGAAAAGAAGAUAGCUAAGUCUAAGGUUUAAUUUCAGAAGAACAAGUCCCUAGUUGGUUAAAUCAAAGGAAAGAAAGGAGAGUUCAUUGGGUGAGGGAUGAAAGUGAGAGUAUUUUGGCUUUGGGAAAGAAAGAAAAGAAGGGUAGAACUUAAAUCUACUUAGGAAAAUGGUAGAAUGAUGAGAACAAGCAUUGUAUGCAUGAAUUGCUCAUUUUCUUAGAUAAAUUUUGCAUAAUGAUCUUGUUCCUAUUCUUGAGUGUGAGCCACUAUAAAUGAUGCAAUUGAAACCCAUUUUUCUUCACAUUAGACCACUUUUUCUCACCAAACCAAAUGAUUGAGAUCAAAUAUCCAUUUGCAAGAAUUAACCUUGUGUGUGUGUGUGUGCGCGAAUGAAUGUGAGAGCUGGCUAAGGAACUUGUUGGUUGGAUGACAAUGUGCCUUGUGUAGAGAUAAAAGAGUCUUAAUAGGCCUUGAGAAACUAGAGUGCAAUAAGAAAGUUGCUCAUGCUAUUUGCUAUGUUUUCCUUAUGAUGUUAUGUUGAUGGCUAGAAAGUGUCCUUUUGGUUAUGAGUUCCCAUUUCCAAACCUCUCUCCCUUUUGCUCUUGAAAGUUUACUUGUGGACAAGUAAAGGACUAGUGUGGGGGAGUUGAUAUCUUGCACAUUUGCAUUGUUUUAACUCUUCAUUCUUACAUGUUUUGAUCAUUUAGAUUAGGGAUUAUGCAUUUUAGUUUCCUUUUUGCAUUGCAUAAGUCUUUAUCAGGUGUUGGAGUGUCCAUUGGAGUUCUUGGAGUUACUUGUAAGCAUUUGGGAUCAAAAAGGGAGUGGAAAGUGUUGUUUGAGCGAGUAGAGCACCGGAGUGAGCAAUGGGAGCGACCUACGGCACCCGCUCCGAGCUCAACCUCUCGUCGACAACUUUCGAGAAGUGGAGCGACCAUGGGGAGCGACGUCCCGCAGUGGGGUAAAGCACCCGCUCUGGAAGCGGAGUGACUUGGCGGAGCGACCUGACAUACCCGCCCGCGUUUCUCUUCUUCUGAUCGAAAAUUUAUGUUUUAUUUGGGCCUUUCAGGUUGUUGACUGAGCCCAUUAGGUUUUAGAAGUCAUAUAAAUACUCUCUAAACAUAAUGUUAGGACAUAUCUUAUUUUCUAUCUAAUCACAAAGAACUUUUAGGUGAAAGAUCUAAUCUUGAUCAUUAUCUUUUGUGAUUUCUUAGUUAUAUUGAUCACUAAUCAUGAUUAAAACCAAAUCAUCAUUGAUUCUUGGGUUUAUCAUGAAGAUUAGCGAGUAGUCAUCUUUGGAUCAUGGGUUAGGGAGACUAAGGGUGAUUAAGCUAGAUCUAAGGUGUUUUAGUAUAAAUCCAUUUUGUUCCUUGUUAGUAGAGUGCUUUAUUGCAAUUUUAGAGUUGACCUCUCUAAAGUUGAGCUCUAGGCAUUUCAUACCCGAUAGGUGUUUGAUGAAAUGCCUGAACCAACUCUCCUAAGCUUUUAACAUUCUUUACCAAAGAGAUUUGUUGUUAAAAGUGUUAAGAUGGCUAUGGGACUUGAUAUUAAUGAUUACUUAGAUAAUAUUCAACAAAAAAAAUUUGAUGCUUGAGUUAUCUUAGUGAAUGAGCAUUCAUCUAGAGAUAGAGUUUGUUUAGGAUUGUGUCUAGGUCUAAGGUUGACAGAUUGAUUGAAAGAUACCACCUUUAGAUUGAAACUUGAUCACCCAAGGUCAAUUCCCUUAGCCCAUGAGUUCUUCCAUCUCAUUAAAAAAGAAAGCUUUGUUAUUUAUUGCAUUUUAGUAGUAUUCUAGUUCAAAAUCAUCUCACCAAUUGAUAGCAUUUAGAUUAAGCAUGGUCUUGCAUUCCCUUUGCUUUAGAAUCACUUAGAACUGGUUUGACAUCCUUUAUACUAUAACAUUUGAUUAAGAGCCUUGAAAACUCUUAACAUCAAUGGUGUGAACUAUAAACUUGAAUAAUGAUUGAAUUGCGUACGAAUUUACUUUUCUUUAAAGUUAUUUCGAUCAUAUUUCAAGCUUGGGUUACAUGAAAUUCCUUCGUAUGAUAAAAUAUACAAAUAAUCAAGUCUCACUCUUAUUUUAGACUAAGAUACAAGAAUAACAAAUAAAAUUUAAGGUUUAUAUGUGUGUUUUAAAAAAAAAAAUUGAUGAUAUUUGAACAAUUGAAUCACUCUCUAUUUCUAACAAUUAGUUUCUGAUAUUUCACUCUUGUUGAAGUUAUUAUUUGUCAAUAUCCAAAACUCUUUAUACAGAAUAUUAAGAGUUACAAUGGAUAGCAUCAACAAUUGCAAUAGUCAGCCAAAAGUUAUGACCAUUGCCGGUCCUAGGCCAUUAAGCCCACAAGUCCAAAUCAAACAAAUGGCUGAAAAAAAAACACUGCACAUGAAGGGCAUUGAACCCACGGUCUGUCGUAUUGAUUGAGUGUAUCUAACCACUAGACUACCGACAAUUUUUACAAAAUUGUGGCCGGUUAAAUACUUAAAAUAGCGGCCGCAAAUAUGUGCUUCUUUCGCUUGUUUCCAAGGUCGGCUCUGGUUAUGACCGUGAACACCAAUAAUUACAAUGGUUGGUCAAAAAUCACAAGUCUUUUACGGGAGGUUUUAAUCAUAAACAGUUGCGAUAAUUUAUCAUUAAAAGUUGCAAUAGUUUAUUACAAAUAGUUACAAUCACAAGUAAUUGUUCAUCUAAAUAAUUGAAAUGUUUCACUUGAACUGUCGCAAAAAAAAAAAUUAAUUUAAAUUUCCAAGAAUUUCUAAAACUGAAAUUUUCAAUAAGAACC